GCCCACCGAGCCGCGGCUGCGCGGACGUCGUACAGGCCCCGCCCCUCACCUGGCCCCGCCCCCGGACGCCGGAGUCUGCGCGCGAAUUCCGUGGCGCGAAUUUGGGACUGUAGUUGAGCGCCCAGGGGUUCCAGGUGUGACGCCCCGGACUGCGACGCGCGGGGCCGGCGUGAGGAGGUUUAUGUGUUUUGAUAUCUGCUCAAGCAGUCUUCUCACCAAGUACUUGGACAUCUGUUCCAGAACAGCUGACAGGAGACAAAGCUGGGAAGGGACAGUUCCACCGCCAUCAUGCAGCGAAGUAUCAUGUCAUUUUUCUCCCCCAAGAAAGAGGGCAAAGCAAAGAAGCCAGAGGAGACAUCCAACAGCAUCAGAGAGGCUGAGCCCCCUCCGAAGGUGGCGCUGAAGGAGCGGAAUGGAGUGGUGCCUGAGAGGGACUCUCCGGUGAAGAGGCCGGGGAGGAGGGCGGCUCGGGUCCUGGGCAGCGAAGGGGAGGAGGAGGAUGAAGCCGCCACGCCCCCCAAAAGCCAGCCUGCCCCCGACUCUCUACAGGGCUCCCCUCCCGGUCCUGUCACAUUUCCUGAGACCAGCCCUUCCCUCUCCAACACUUCUCCAGUGCACAUUUCCCCGUCAGGGAUCCCGAAGCGUCGCACAGCUCGGAAGCAGGUUUCUAAACGGACGUCUCAGGAUGUCGUGGCCGAGCACCGAGCACCCAAGAGGAAGAAGGAGGAAGAAGCAGAGACCCCGACAGAAAGCCUCCCAGAACUGGAAGGGGUCAAAGAGGAGGAAGCAGAAGAGGGGGACCCACCCACGACGCCCCCUGAGCCCCAAAAUGCCUGCAGAGCAGAGCCCCUGACAGAAAGUGGUCCCGAGCCUAAGCAGGUGAAGCAGGAGCCCCAGGACGAGGGCCAAGCUGAGCCUUCCCCUAGAAUUCCCAGGACGCUGAGCAGUUUCUUCACCCCUCGGAAGCCUGCAAUCAAAAAAGAAGUGAAAGAAGAAGGGUCUGGCACCCCAAGCAAGGAGAUGCCCAAAGGACUCUUGCACUCGGAUAUGAGCUCCAGCCCCCUGGACCCAUCCAGCUACAAUCCUGCCAAGAAAAACUACCAUCCCCUCCAGGACGCAUGCUGGACACAGGGCCAGAAGGUCCCUUAUCUGGCUGUGGCGCGGACCUUUGAGAAGAUCGAGGAGGUUUCUGCUCGGCUCAGGAUGGUGGAGACACUGAGCAACUUGCUUCGCUCCGUGGUGGCCCUGUCACCUCCAGACCUCCUCCCCAUCCUCUAUCUCAGCCUUAACUGCCUCGGGCCUCCCCAGCAGGGCCUGGAGCUUGGCGUUGGGGAUGGUGUCCUUCUAAAGGCGGUGGCCCAGGCCACAGGUCGGCAGCUCGAGUCUGUCCGGGCUGAGGCAGCCGAGAAGGGGGAUGUGGGGCUGGUAGCUGAGAACAGCCGCAGCACCCAGAGACUCAUGCUGCCCCCUCCCGCCCUCACUGCCUCCGGGGUCAUCGCCAAGUUCCGAGACAUCGCCCGGCUCACUGGCAGCGCUUCUAUAGCCAGGAAGAUUGACAUCAUCAAAGGCCUCUUUGUUGCCUGCCGCCACUCGGAAGCCCGAUUCAUCACCAGAGCCCUGAGUGGACGGCUGCGCCUUGGGCUGGCAGAGCAGUCGGUGCUGGCUGCCCUCGCCCAGGCCGUGAGCCUCACGCCCCCAGGCCAAGAAUUCCCCCCAGCUGUGGUGGAUGCUGGGAAGGGCAAGACAGCGGAGGCCAGAAAGGCGUGGCUGGAGGAGCAAGGCAUGAUCCUGAAGCAGACGUUCUGCGAGGUGCCUGACCUGGACCGGAUCGUCCCUGUGUUGCUGGAGCAUGGCCUGGAACGGCUCCCGGAGCACUGCAAGCUGAGCCCAGGGGUUCCCCUGAAACCAAUGUUAGCCCACCCCACCCGGGGUGUCAGUGAGGUCCUGAAACGCUUCGAUGAGGCAGCUUUCACCUGCGAGUACAAAUACGAUGGGCAGAGGGCACAGAUCCAUGUUCUGGAAGGCGGGGAGGUGAAGAUCUUCAGCAGGAAUCAGGAAGACAAUACUGGGAAGUACCCUGACAUCAUCAGCCGCAUCCCCAAGAUGAAACUCCCGUCAGUCACAUCCUUCAUUUUGGACGCAGAGGCUGUGGCUUGGGACCGAGAAAAGAAGCAGAUCCAGCCAUUCCAAGUGCUCACCACCCGCAAACGCAAGGAGGUGGACGCAGCAGAGAUCCAGGUGCAGGUCUGCUUGUACGCUUUCGAUCUCAUCUACCUCAACGGAAAGUCCCUGGUGCGUGAGCCCCUUUCCCGACGCCGGCAGCUGCUCCGAGAGAACUUCGUGGAGACGGAGGGUGAGUUUGUCUUUGCCACCUCCCUGGACACCAAGGAUGUGGACCAGAUUGCAGAGUUCUUGGAGCAGUCAGUGAAAGACUCCUGUGAGGGGCUGAUGGUGAAAACCCUGGAUGUCGAUGCCACCUACGAGUUCGCCAAGAGAUCACACAACUGGCUCAAGCUGAAGAAGGACUACUUGGACGGCGUGGGCGACACCCUGGAUCUUGUGGUGAUUGGCGCCUACCUGGGCCGGGGGAAGCGGGCCGGCCGCUAUGGGGGCUUCCUGCUGGCCUCCUACGAUGCGGAGAGUGAGGAGCUCCAGGCCAUAUGCAAGCUCGGAACUGGCUUCAGCGAUGAAGAGCUGGAGGAAUAUCACCAGACCCUCCAGGCCCUAGUACUGCCCACCCCACGCUCCUACGUCCGGGCAGACGGUGCCGUGGCCCCUGACCACUGGCUGGAGCCCAGCACUGUGUGGGAGGUCAGAUGCGCCGACCUCUCCCUGUCUCCCAUUUACCCGGCUGCCCGUGGUCUGGUGGACAGUGAGAAGGGGAUCUCCCUUCGCUUCCCUCGGUUUGUUCGCGUCCGUGAAGAUAAGAAGCCAGAGGAGGCCACCACCAGUGCCCAGGUGGCCUGGCUGUACAGGAGGCAGAGUCAGAUUCAGAACCAGGAGGACACAGACCUGGACUCCGACCUGGAGGAUUUCUACUAGGCCUCACCCUCGGGGGCCGGGACAACACCUCUGUUGCCAAGUAGAUCUGGUGUGCAGUCCAACCACGUGGUGUGUGUAAGGGUGUGGUUAAGCUGGAGGUUUAGUCAGUCACUUUUUGUCAAUAAAUAAUUAUUAAACACCA